GUAUGUUAAUAAGAGGCUCGUGCACGCCGCCAUCCUCAGGUAGACUAUUUCAGGUGGGCGCAUCCGUCGCCUCGGUAAAAAAAAAAAAAAAAAAAAAAGUUAAUGACUUAAAUUGAACUAAAUAACUCCGAUUUGACAAGAGGCUCAUUAGAGUUAAUACAAUUCAGAACGUGAACAAAAUAAAACCCAAGAAACAGCGGGGCCUCUGCUGUGAGUUAAAACACUCUCUUGUAAUAAAUAAAGAUACAUAAUACGCGAUGCGUUUCCCCUUCAAACUCAGGGUGGGAUUCUAAAAAAAAAAAAAAGAAAGAAAGAAAAAGGAAAAAAAAUCUCUCCACUCUGAUGCGUGUUUGGCGCUGCUGCGCAUGCGCCAGUGGCACUUUCACUACCUGCCACACAAUCCUGUAUUUCACAUGGGGCAAGCGGGAGUUAUCAUCCACUUGCGUAAAUGCUGCUGCUGAGUGGUGGUUGACAGUCUCAGGCGACAAGACGGCGUGUUUUCUCCCCUCACUCCUGCUUGCUGAAGGUGUAUCACCGAUAGAUGCCACCAUGAAGCUGAAAACAUAAGUUGAACACUCACACGGACGCUGCCACUUGUACUUUUCAGAAGAUAAUCAGCGGUGGGAUGAAGAAUUGAAGUCUUAAAGUGCGUUUGUGCCAACAUGUCUAAACCAAUGGAUCACGUCAAACGCCCGAUGAAUGCUUUCAUGGUUUGGUCCAGAGCCCAGCGCCGAAAAAUGGCUCAGGAGAACCCAAAAAUGCACAACUCCGAGAUCAGCAAGAGAUUGGGAGCGGAGUGGAAACUUCUCACCGAGUCUGAGAAAAGGCCAUUCAUCGACGAAGCCAAACGACUGCGAGCGAUGCAUAUGAAGGAACACCCAGACUAUAAAUACAGACCGAGGCGGAAGCCCAAGACUCUGAUGAAAAAAGAUAAGUUUUCUUUCCCUGUGCCCUACAAUCUCGGGGAGCACGACGCACUCAAAGUUAACGGGCUUUCCACUGGAGCACUUUCAGAGUCCGUCAUUGGGAACCCCGAUAAGGCAGCAGCGGCUGCAGCGGCCGCGGCGGCGAGGGUAUUCUUCAACCCGUCCAUGUCCACGAACCCCUAUUCGUUUUUUGACCUGGGAUCCAAGAUGACCGAGCUUUCCCCACCUUCAUUUCCGUACGCGUCUCCGUUGGGCUACCCGCCGGGAGGCGCCACGGCUUUCACCGGGACUGGAAGUGUAGGUGGCGGGACGCACACUCACACUCACUCGCAUCCGUCCCCUGGAAACCCAGGCUACAUGAUCCCUUGUAACUGUACGGCCUGGCCCUCAGCAGGACUCCAGCCGCCCUUAGCAUACAUUCUGCUGCCCGGGAUGGGAAAACCUCAACUUGAACCGUACCCUGCAUAUGCUGCGGCAUUAUGAUAGGACCACUUUGGACUUCUGAGAAAAAUGAAAUGUGAAAACAAAACAAACAAAAACAAAAACAAACAAACAAACAAACAAAAAAAAGCUAUUCAUGCAAGAGUUUUAUUAUGCAUGCACAAACUUGUACAUGUGAUGAAGUGCUCGUCGUCUCAGAUAUCACAUGUGUAUGUAUAUUGAUUAAUGCCUUUAUCUAAGGUAAUGCUUAUUUAGAGAACUCUCUAAUCUAUUAUUAUCCAGCCAUCACCUCUCACAGGAAAGAGGGAAAUGGACUAAAGGAUGGCAGACAUGCACAAAUUUGAGAGGAAAGGGUAUCAGAACAGUUUGUGAAAACUCUUUUUGAAAGGUACCCUGUUCGAUUUCUAUCUUUUUGCAAGUUGCACCUGCUUGACUAACCUGUUGGAAUCAAGGACAGCAUAUACAGUGACCAUAUUAAUCACAGGAUCACAGCAUUUCCUCUCAGAUAACAUGAUGUAGGGUUCUAAUCCAUGGAUCAAGGAGGAUUGUCACAACAACCCCCCCCCCACCACCACUACCCUCUCUUGAAUGACUGUAAAUGUGUACAGAUAAAAUGACUCUAGUUUAUUUGCCGUUAUAGGCUUAGUGUUUGAGAUAGGGCCAGGAACCUACGUAUUUCACUAGAAAUCCGGUGUAUAUUUUGAGUUUUUAAACCGUUUUAUAGAUGUCUGUAAUAUUUAUUGUUUAGUGGAAUCUAUGGUGACCCAGACAAUUUUAAAUUUUAAAAAGGAUAAGACUAGUUCUGUAAUAUUUGCACAUGAAACGUAGAGGAUGUAAUUUAUUUUGAAGGUGAUAUUCAAUUUCAGUGCAUUGCAACUUUCAGGUUUGAUUCACCAGACCGUUUUUUUUCUAAUCAGUUUAAAAAAAAAGAGAGAGAGAGAAAGAAAAAAGUUCAAAGUUAAAUGCAAAUGGAAGUUUAUUCAAGGAGUUUAUCAUUUUCUUGGUCCCUCACCCUCUCACCCCUCGUAUCAUGUGCAGCAGAAGAGAAAAAAAAACGUUUUUAACUAACUCUUAUGGAAUUUGUAUGUUUUGUGUUUUCUUUAACCUCCGUUAUGUACUUCAGCCUAUUGCUACUGUUCACUUGUUGAGCAAAGGACUACAAUAAAGCGUAUUCGGAUUAAACGGAA